GGAAAGAAGUUGGAGAGGCCUACAUCCAGCAGUGGAUAGAAACAGGCUGAAAAAGAAGAAGAAGAAGAAGAAGAUAUAUAAUUUGAACUGAGCGUAUAUUUUAAUUGUUUCUCACUUUCAAAUGAAUAAUUGAUUUUCAGAAUUUAAUGUUGAUUAAUACGAAAUUGUCGGAUGAUAAUUUCGUCCAUGUGGAAGUCAAUCAAAAAAGUAGUGGUUCAGUUCAAUACAAGGCGACUAUGAUUUGUCCAUUUUGUUCAAAUUAUGAAUUAUGCGCAUCGACGGCUGAGCAACAACGGUUAAUUUGGGAUACAACACAACUGGAUGGACAUUUUAAGAUCCAUCAAAAUAAUCCUAACUUCGAAAUCAACGAAGAUAAUUGUUAAUCUAAAAUUAUUACGAUCAAAAUUCAUAAGUGAACAGACAUUUCAUUCACAGAUGAAGUUGGAGUUGGUAAUUCAGGCGCUUUUACUGGGAUGUUGAAGAACUUGAUUGAUUCUGCUGAAAGGAAUUGUUCGAGAAAAAAACACGGCUAUCGCCAUGAUAAUACAACUAAGAAGUUUGCGGCAUUUAUCAAGAUGAUAUCUGGAUUGUUAGCGUAUGAAACAUUGCACGCAAAUUUUCCAUUGUCUCUUCCAUCCGUGUCCACUGUGAAUCGAUAUAUAUCUGACAAUGGACCAGACAUUAUCGAAGGAAAAUUAAGGACAGAUGAACUGUUGUAUUUUUUAGAAAGCAGAAAUUUGCCGCUGGUAGUUUCUCUGUCUGAGGAUGCUACACGAAUAACUGCGAAAAUUUCUUACGAUCCAAAUACAAACCAAUUAGUCGGAUUUGCACCACCUCUAGAUGAAAAUGGAAUGCCAAUAACAUUUUCCUUUGCUGCAACCAACGCUACGGUGAUACAAAAACACUUUAACAACUCGUCCAAUUUUAUGUCGUCAACAGUUUACGUUCAAAUGGCUCAACCAAUGGCAGAAAACAUUUCUCCAUUUUGUCUGAUGGUUUUUCUCACCGAUAGCACGUUUACAAGUGCUAAUGUAUAUAGGCGAUGGAAAUAUCAGGCUGAACAGCUGAAGCAAAAAGCAAUCAGAAUUGAAAAUAUCGCUACAGAUGGCGAUCCUAGACCACUGAAAGCAAUGAAAUGUUUAAGCAGAAUUGGAAAUGCCAAUCGGUUAUUUUUGGAUAGCGAAUGGUUUAGUUGUGGAGGAAGCGUAGAGACAACGUUCACUCAAGAUACAAUACAUAUCGUUACCAAGGCUCGAAACCGGUUGUUGACAUAUUCAAGAAUUUUCCCGAUUGGAUCAAAAAUUAUAUCGCAAAGUCACCUAAAGUAUCUUAUCGAUCAUGUGUCCAAAGAUAAGCAUUUGAUGGUUCGUUCCGACAUUGAACCGAAAGAUAGACAAAACUUUUUGUCGGCUGAAAAAAUAUGUUCUGACAAAGUCAUACAAUGUUUGAUAAAGUACGUUCCUGGAAGCGAGGGAACUGUCCUUUAUUUGAAAGCAGUGAACAGAGCGUUGAAUGCAUACAUGAACGUCGAAAUAACGUCUACCGAACGAAUAUAUAUGAUGUGGUGUUCAGUUUUCUUUUUCCGAGCCUGGAGAUCGUGGAUACUCAAUUCUGCGAAAAGCAAAACGACCGGACCGAAGCUGAAAGCCUAUUACAAUUUGAAAGACAACUUUAUAAGCUCUAACUGUUAUACUUGCAUCGAAAUAAAUGCGCACGCCUUGGUCAAGAAAUUAAUGGUUGACAAUUCUGAAGAAACACCAUCGAGCCAUUGUUUCAUUCCUGAUUUGUAUAGCAGCCAACCAUGCGAAGCAACAUUCAGACAAGUACGUUCAUUCACGUCCACUUACUCAACCAUUGUCAAUUGUAGCAUGCUAGAAAUCAUUCAUCGUAUAAAAAAAGUACAACUUCAGAACGACAUAAUCAACGAAUCGAAAGGUGAAAUUCAAUUUCCGAGAUUCGAGAAAAAGGAGACGAAAGCAUCAAACCGUUCGGAAUGCUACCGAAUUGUUAGAUUAGGUCGCCAAGAAAUCAUCGCAAUAAUUGAGAAAUCGAAGGCUACAGUCACUUCUGAAUUGAACAACUUGCAAAUUGGUACAUCGAAGCUUGAUUUCCAUUGCCAAAUUACACCAGUGACUGAAGCAGAUCUAUUUGAUAUGAAAAAAUCGAAUGACGAAUUGGACAGCGAUUCAGAUGAAAGCGAAUCAAAUUUUUUAUUGGAAUUCGAUGAGGGUGAUAGUGAACCAGAAGAAGAAAUUAGGGAAGACAUUGAAACUCUAUCCGGAAUUACGGGCGAACUGCUGCUUAGGGACUAUGAACAUGUUCGGUCGACAAGCGAUGUACGAUUAAAUGAAGGAAGCCCUUUUGCCAUAGUUCUUGACAAUAGCGGAAAGGAAAAAGUUGUACGUAAGUCGUCAAUAUGCUGGUUGCUAUCGAAAGAGAAGUUCAAACUCAGCUGUGAUCGCUUGCAACGGGUACAAGAAAAGGAGUAUGGAAGAUCUACAGGAGGUACAAUUGUACCUAGCUGUGAUGACUACAGUGUAAAUGAGGAACUAUCCGUCGGAGAAUGGUGCGUUUUCUAUGGUAAACGUGAGAUGGGUGACAUUGAAGAAGAUCAUGGCCGGUGUGAUGCGGAGGACGACGAAGAAGAUGAGGUCGAAUUGAUUGGAUUAGUCGUAGGUUUCGCAUACACUGAAGGGAAAACAUUUAAAGAUCGAGAGUACAGCAAAGUAUCUGCUUCAGUGAAACGUAACAGUGGUCGGAGUGUUGGUAUGUUGUGUGAUUCUUACACUUUUAAUACCAGAGGUGAAUUAUGCUGUGUUGCUGGGACUAAGCAUAAAUAUAUUUCUAUCGAAAAAUACAUUGCAACGAUCAAAGAGCCGACGUUUGAAAACAAAUCUAUGACUCUUUCAGAAACAGUGCUUUCCAAACUUUGUAAUAUUGUGUAAUUGAAGAAAUUCGUUAGAAAAUUACAGCUUUG